AUGUCUCUACACACAUCUCCCGAGGAAAACGUUUUUGCUGCUCAGGAUGGUUAUAACUUGAAAGACGUUAUGAAAUCACCCUCUACCUUUAAAGGAAGAUUAGUCCUCUCACAGGAACACGUCGAUUUGAUUCCGGCCUUUGGAGCAGACCUUAGGGAUCUCUCGAUUUUCGUUGAAUAUCAAACAUCGAACCGACUUCGAAUUUGCAUUUCGGAUCCUGCAGAAAAACGUUGGCGCGUCCCGGAAGACGUGGUUUCGGUCGACAAGAUUAAAAUGAGUGCGGAUGACCUGAAAUAUGAAUUCGGCUUCGAACAGAAUCCAUUUGGAUUUUACGUCACGAGAAAGGCCGACGGUGAUAGAAUCUUCGACACCGUCAACGAAAGACUUAUAUUCAAAGAUCAAUAUAUCGAGUUUUCCACCAAAUUACCUUCUAAUUCAAAUAUUUACGGAUUCGGAGAAACGACCGGACGAUUGAAACGACAACCGGGAAAAAGAAUGACAAUGUGGGCAAGAGAUGCACCGUGUCCCGAGGGAGAAAAUCUAUACGGUUCCCAUCCUUUUUAUCUCGAAUUACGAAAUGGGAAAGCACAUGGAGUUUUUCUUCUAAAUUCAAAUGGAAUAGACAUAAUUUACGAGGAAGAAAGAUUGACAUACAAGGUCAUCGGCGGAAUCCUCGAUUUGUACAUAUUUUUGGGUCCAACACCUAUCGAUGUGAUUGAGCAAUAUUCUGAAUUGAUCGGGCGUCCUUACUUCAUUCCCUAUUGGUCACUUGGAUAUCAUCAGUGUCGGUGGGGAUAUGACACUAUUCAAAAAUUGGAGGAAAUGGUGAAUCGCUACCAGGCGGAAAGUAUUCCAAUGGAUGUGGCGUGGAUCGAUAUCGACUACAUGGAUCUUUACAAGCCCUUUACCUAUUCUCCAACACGAUUUCCCCCCGAAAAGUUUGCCGAAUUUGUUAGGAAACUUCAUGAACGCCACCAAAAACUUGUGGUCAUCCUUGACCCUGGCAUUAAAAUCGAAAAAGGGUUUAGGCCAUACGAUGAAGGAUUCGAAAAGAAUUUAUUCAUAAAAAGGGCUGACGGUGAGAAUUUUGUCGGUAAGGUUUGGCCCGGCACGACCGUCUUUCCCGAUUGGUUUCAUCCGAAAACGCAAGAGUAUUGGACGGAAACUAUUCGUCGUUGGCUUUCUCAAGUUCCGAUUGAUGGGCUAUGGAUAGAUAUGAAUGAGAUUGCAAAUUUUAUUGAUGGCGAUUUAUCUCAUGAGGCUAAUAAAAGUCGUCGAGAUGAUAAAAUAUUCGUACCCAAGAUUCAACAGGAUAGUAAUCAAACCGUUGUCGAAGAAGUAAGUUUCAUUAAAAAGAUAAAGGAAUUUGUCACCUUCUUCAGGCAAGGAGACAAGCAAAAAGAGGAAAUAGUUGUGGUGACCACAACCACCACAAAUACAUCAACGACCAGUACCACGGUCAUUGAUCUGGAACCUUCUAUCAAUAAUCCUCCCUACGCUAUCAACAAUGGUGGCAAGGAAUUAGCAUUGUUCACACAUACCUCCCCUAUGGACGCCAUUCAUCAUUCUGGUAUUACCGAGUAUGAUGCCCACAAUCUAUUUGGACACAUGGAAGCAAUAGCAACGCACCGUGCACUAAGUUCAAUUAAUCCAGAUCAGCGAGUUUUCAUUUUAUCUCGGUCCACCUUUCCAAGUAGCGGGAAAUACGCAGCCCAUUGGUUAGGAGAUAAUUGGUCAGAAUGGACUGAUUUGACUUAUUCAAUUGCGGGCAUGCUAGCCUUUCAACUUUUUGUCAUCCCCAUGACCGGUGCAGAUAUAUGCGGAUUUAACGGGAGGUGCAACGAAGAGCUUGCAAUAAGAUGGUUUCAAUUAGGGAGCUUCUAUCCUUUCUGUCGAAAUCACAACGCGAUCAACAUGCCAGGCCAGGAAUGCUACAUGACGGAGAAAGUGAAGCAAAUUUCAAAAGUAUGGUUGGAAGUUAGAUAUCAUUUGUUACCAUAUUGGUAUACGAACUUUUAUCACGCUGCUAAGAAAGGAACACCGGUCAUUGAACCUUUGUGGUUUAUUAAUCCUGAAGUUGAGGAUACAUGGGAUAUUGACCGACAAUUUUUGGUCGGUGAUGGACUGUUAGUGAGUCCGGUGACCGAAAGCAAGUGCACCAAAGUUAAAGGAUACAUUCCAUCAGGAAGAUGGUACGACUAUUUGUCCGGUACGAAAUUCCAUGAAGGUCAUGGUCAAUGGGUUGAAAUUGACGCACCUCUGGAAAUCAUUCCUGUGCAUGUUCGUGGUGGAAAGAUCAUUCCAAUGCACUCCCACAUCGGAUUAACCUCUUACGAAUGUAGAAAGAACGGAAUCAAAUUGCUAAUCGCUCUUGAUCGAGAAGGUGAGGCCAAAGGAGAUUUGUACCUCGAUGAUGGUGAGACUCCGUAUAAUCGAGUGGGCGACAAUUACACAUUAGUCACGUGCGUUGUGCAAAAUGGUCUACUGAAAGUCGAUGGAACUUUCAGAUAUAAGGGUCAAGGAGCUUUUGUGGAUGAAAUCACCGUCCUAGGUAUUGAUGAUCCUGAUAAUGGAAAAAAAGUUAUAGUCACCGCUGAUCAAAAGGAGACAGUGGUGAGCGCACAAAAUGUUUCAAGGGAAACGAGUAAGUUGAUCAUCACGGGAUUGAGAAUUCAAUUGACCUGUGGGUUUAUGGUUUCUUGGAAUUGUUGA